AUGCAUUGUUUGAUGGCGUUUAUUAAAUUACCGAUCUUACACACUGGUGAUUAUUAUGUAGAUACACCCUUCGGAGACCAGGGAAAUCAUGAAGGUCGCAAUUUCUUAUAUCUCAUCAAUUUCAAGGUCAAUGGGUUCGUGAAAAUGACCAAUGAAUGUGCACCCUGCACUUGCAAAAGAAUGACUGAGAAUACUGAACUUAAAAGGAAGUGGAAUUAUUCCUUAUAUGAUAACCGUGGACUACCUGAUAACUACACUGACUCUAAUUUUCUCUCUGAGUUAAGGGAAAACCUAUUUCUACCGAAGCUUCGUUUACGUGACGUUAUAAUCGCCGCUGGGAGCAUUUAUCAACAACUCUGUUGCUUAUGUUUAUUUAUGGUCAUCUAUUUCUACCUACUUCUUGGAUGGAUCCAACCCUGGUAUCUCAAUGUUUCUCACUUCUUCAUUAUAACCUCCGGGUAUGCUAUGUUUUGGUUGACAAAAGAAGCGAAUGAGAAACAAUUCCAUGAAGUAAUUCAUGAAAUUAGAUCUGGUGUAGUAUUUUUCACCUUCUGUCUCCUACUUGCUCCAAUCUUACAUUCGCUUUUAUCAAGUGUCAGUACAGACUCCAUAUACGCUAUGUGCAUGUUUUUCUUCCUCGCCUACUGGACAUGUUUUGACUACAAAACUCAUUGGCAAGGUCAUCCUCGGAAACCUGGUUCAAAUACAAUAUCUUUGAGUUCUGCUCUACUGGCCGCACUCUGCCUAGCCAGUCGUCUACCGGACCCAUACCACACUUUUGCUUUAUUGUCGACUGCUGUUAUUUUACUGGCAUUGUGGCCGACAUUAACGAGGAGGUUUCGCAAUCAUGGCGGUGAUCGCGCACAAAUAUGCUUAACUGUGGUAUCAGGCUCAAUAACUUUCCUGAGUGCUUGGCCAUUAGUGUACAAUGAACUUUCCAUAGAAUACAAAUGCGUAUUUUUUGGUGCAUUUUUAAUCGCAACGGUAUGUCUCAACUUCGUUGGGCCAUGGUAUUUGCUAAAAAUGCAUCGAAUUAAAAGGACAAUUCAUGGACCGUGGGAUGAGGCUACGAUUGAAUAA